UUCGCGCUCGCCAGAUUGCAUGGCGACGUCUGCCUCGUCCAAGUGCCCCACACGCCCGCGCCCGGCGGAAUGGCCUCCGCGCUCAUGGUCGCGGACGUCCACGUCUUCCGGCACGAGUUCAUCACCCAGUUCCGCUUCUCGCACCGCGCCACCGUCCACCCCGCGGACAUGCACAUCCUCGAGCCCAUCGCCGACGGCGCCACGCUCUACGAGGAGGACAAGGGCACCGUCUUCCUCGCCCGCGACGUCGUCGCCCGCCUCCAGAAGCACUCUAUGGCCGCCCGC